AGUACUGCACUAACUUGGAGUCCACCUGUGCUAAGAUUAUAUAUAGAUCUGUUGAUUUUAUUUCUUCCUGAUUGCUUGCCCUCCGCAGGCAUAUAUCUAGUGCAAUACAAGAUUAAUUUUGACUGCUAAAUUUUGAUACAAAUAGUAUUGUUGUAACAGUAUUUGUGGGCACAUUUUUGCAGAGUACUUUCAUUUCAUUGGGUGUUUCAUUACGAUUUACGUGGAAAGUUUCUUUUAUGUGGGAUUUAAUUUUUUAUUUAUUUUUCCAUUCGUGCAUUAUUUUCGUGCAUUCGGCACUGCAGCUAUUAUUAGCACCUUCCACGCUUUAAUCACCUUUCACGCGAUUUUCACCAGUUCGACAACAAAACCCUUUUGCAAUACCGAAAUCGGUAUCGGUGUAAUUGGGAUCAAUCGGAGAAAUUUGAACGAAACUACUGCGUAUUACAGCCAGGCCUUGAAUGCGAAGUUAAUACGACAGCAGUUUCCUAUCCAUCGUGAUCAUUUUUGGCCAAUCAACUGUACGAGAUAGAAAAUGGAACCCUUCGUGCAAAACAAAAUAUCUUUGCUUUCACCAUUUUUCUUGAUUGUUCUGCAUUUUCUGUCUGAAACAGUAUCUCUUUCAAUGGACGAAAUGGGAAACCAAAUACAAGGUGUCGAUGUGGAGUGCAGUCCUGUGGAAAUACGCCUCCAUAUUCGUACAACGCAACCGUAUACUGGCCGGGUGUAUCCGAAAGGUCUCGGGCGAAGCAUCUGCGAAAAGGUGUACGACACAAAUUCCACUUCAGAAACAAACUCGAACGAAACCGCAAGCCUGUAUGCGCUGCCUUUAACCUCCUGCAAUACGGUUUUACAAGAUGUGUCGACAGGCUUGGAAUACCAAAAUACCAUUAUUAUUCAACUGCAUCGGUCAUUGGUGACGCAAGGGGAUCGAGUAUACAAUGUUCGGUGUCGUUACGAAAGUUUUAAUACCACCAUCACCGCUACCUUGAAUAUGAGUGAUUCAGUACCGGCAAUGCAGCUGGAAUCACGCGCUGAUUUGCCAGUUGUAUCCAUGAGCAUUUAUAAAGGAAGUUCUGAAUCCCGUGUUAUGGCCGAUUUCGUUACAAUUGGUGAUCCCGUCGCUCUGGUCAUCAACCUUCCACAGCAAAAAAUUUAUGGGAUGCUGAUCAAAGACUGCUAUGUAAAAGACGGCGUAGAUAUGGGUGGCGUCCAGCCCUUAAUCGACAGCGAAGGAUGUCCAGUGGAUUCCACAUUAUUUGGAGGAUUUAUUUAUUCGGCUGACCUCACUCAAGCUUACGUAAUAUUCCGCGCGCACAAAUUUCCCUAUACGGACUCUUUAUUUUAUCAGUGCGCUGUAAAGUUUUGCUUAAAAAUCGGAGGAGACUGCCGAAAACUGCCCACGCCUCCCGUGUGCAACCUCGGCGGAAGACACAAACGUAACGUGGAGGAUGACAUUAUACCCGGCGAAAACAAGACCAUAGCCAUUGUGAGAAGCAUGAACGUACGGGAACCAAAAGACUACCUCAACGAAGACAACGAUGUGACGUCUCAAGGCUACGCACCAGUCAACGGAAACCAGUGGUGUGUGCCCAAAAGCGCUUUCGCCAUCAUUUUAGCCGUGGCCGGCUUUCUCAUCGUCCUAUCGGCGACCAUUCUCGUUGCUAUGCUCCUUCAUAGACGGAAACGCCACAGUAAAAAAGGACAGAGCUGGAGCGAUGCUUAUUCGUCGGUUUAUUUAAGUCAUCAUUAUGGCGGCGAUGCAAAAUACAGUAAUCGAUAAAGAUCCGCAUGAGAUUUAAAGAGCCACCAUCCCAAAUUACCAAUAAGUUAUUCUAAACACCUCAUAACAAUGCAUUUUUUUGUUAAAGUUCCGUUGUUGAUUUUUUGUUCUUUUUUACGAAAUUAUCGUCAGCCAAAAAUAAAAGCUGUAAACGAAUCAGUACCAAAAUAAUUGUGCUGGUUCAUUUCAAAAGCGACCAUCGUAGCUGCUCCUUUGCUGUCUGCAAAACUUGGGCCACUGUUUGCUCUCCUAAAGGCAGCUGCUCCUCGGUGCGGAUCGCGGCUCUCUGUGUGA